AUGUCGGCGCUGAGUGGAAGCCAAGUCACCCCUUCGCAAAACAUUGUUCAGGUGUACGACACUGACGAUGAGGCCGAACUUGCAAAGGAACCCAUCAUCAUUCAAGGCUCGACUGUGGCGAUCGACGAGCGUGGCGAUCUGCACUUGAGCAUCGGCAACCCCGAGAAGCCGGACGCCAUCUUCAUCGUCGACUCACGCGCCAUUUUCAGGACCUCCGCCGAGUGGAGAUCGAUGGCCUUGCAGAUCCAGCUCCCCAACGGCAACAUCCGCUUCCUGCUGCACAUCCCCGGCGACCACCGCAUCAUGGCGCUCAACACGAUCCUCGAGAUUGCGCACACCAAGUUCGCCCUGGGCCCCAAGUUCCUGCCGCCCCUCCUGCGACUUGCGCGCAUGCUGGACAUCAUCAACGAGUACCGAGUCACGGGCCUGGAUCACAUGUACAAGGGAUGGUGGGAGCGGCACCAGAGGAAGCUGGAGGCCUCGUAUCCGUGGGACGCCGAGACGGCCAUCACGGCCCUGCGCUGCGCGUGGGAGGCCAAGGACCGGAACUACUUCGCCCACGUCGCCAAGUUCAUCGCCUGGCAUUGCCACACCAGGUUCUCUCUAGUCGAGCGACGACAAGGCGGCGACGGCCCGAUUCUCCAUCUCAAGUGCGGUGACCAGGGCGCCAGGGUUUCCAACAAUGCCCUCGUGUGCAUGACCGACAUCGAAGACGCGAUCCAGGCUUACCGCACCUACGUCCUUCGCACCAUCAUCAACAUGCUCCACAAGGUGGUCAACCAGCUGACCACGGGGCGGGCGGGCUCCAAGCGCAAGCGCCGAACCACCCUGCCGCACACCUGCGUCGCCGACAGCGAGCAGAAGCAGUGCAGCGCCUACACCCUCGGCCUCCUCACCCAGCGGCUCCACGCCUGCAUGCUCUGGCCCAUGCCCCCCGCCGAGACCUACCCGUACCACGCGUCCCUCGAGGACCUGUACCAGAAGCUCAGCACCCAGGUCCACGGGGCCAUCGCGUCCGAGAUCUCCUUCCACUCCCGGAGCCGGCGGCUGGUGGGCAAGUGCAGCCCCACGACGGCCGUCAUGGCCCGGCUCGACGAGUUCCGCAAGUCCCACGCCAUCGAACUGACGGACUACCAGUGGAGCUACUUCGAGCCGGGCAAGCCGAGGGAGGAUGUGAAGGCGGAGGACGAGGACGUGAAGCCUACCAUCAUUUAG